AUGACUGUUAUCCGGGCUCUGCUCGCCGUAGCAGCUGCCUCGUGUUUCGGGUUUAAAUCUGCAUACGCAGGUUACCUGGAUGUCGCGACACUCAUCACCGCGAACAAGAAGCUCUGCCUGACCGAACCGAUCAAAAAGGAAAUGUACACCCACAUUGCCAUACACGCCUUCGACGUUAGGCAGGAGCAGGGUGUGGCAAUUUCGAUUAAGGAAGAGGGAGCCGAUAAACCCAUAUACGAAGAAAGCAACCUAACCAAACACCUCUCCGUGUCAUUUACUGCCAUACACGGUAUAUCAGUGAUCUGCUGCAUCACUGCACCGCACUAUGAUAUCUACGUCGGGGUUGCUAUCAAGUCGGGAGCCGACGCAAGGGACUAUUCUAUAAUCGCCAAGAGUUCCCACUUGGAUCCCGUGGACGCGCACCUGCAAAACGCCAUCGACGAGUUCAGCGCAUUCCACAAGGCGCAACUUACCGGCAGCCGCUCCAUGGACCGCACCAGCAAAAAGGCAGCCGACGCAUACUACAUGCUUACCAAGUUCGCCAUUGCAAACAGUGUUUUCGUGGUCAUUUCCACAAUAUGCUUCAUCCUCUACUUCAGAAGCUUCUUCCUAUCGAAGAAGGUGAUGUGA